UUCGCUAACACACAGCGCGAAGGUCGUGCAGAGAGCAGAGCACCCAGACUGAAGCGGAGAACAAACUAACUUUACCAACAUAAACUGCAGCCAGGAGAGUCAGAAACUCUCUAACUUAAUUCUAAUUAGUCAUAUCAUUAAAAAUGCCCAGAGGAAGUCGCAGCCGAACAUCGAGGAUGGCUCCUCCGAGCUACUCCUCCCGGCCAGCGCCACCGCCCCCACCAGUGUCCAGAGCGGCUCCUCCACCGUCCUACACACCGGCUCAUGCCCCUCCGUCUGCAGUGGCUCCUCCUGCGGCUGCAGCUCCUAGACAGCCGGGAAUGUUCGCCCAGAUGGCCAGCACUGCAGCAGGAGUAGCAGUCGGCUCUGCUGUGGGACACACUAUAGGUCACGCUAUGACCGGCGGCUUCGGUGGCCACGGAAACUCAGAGGCUGCCAGGCCUGAUGUCACCUAUCAGGAACCCUAUCAGGGUCAGCCCGCGUACCAGCAGCAGCAGCCCAUGUACCAGCAGGACCUGGCGCAGCAGAACCCCUGCGCCUAUGAGCUGAAGCAGUUCAUCGAGUGUGCUCAGACACAGAGCGACCUCAAACUGUGCGAGGGAUUUAGCGAAGUGCUCAAACAAUGCAAAUUCUCUAACGGACUGUCGUGAGAUCGGAAUGAAGAUAGAGAGCCACUCACCACAUUCUACAUUCAGAAUAAAGUGUAAUUUUACAGAAGCUCAACAGGAGGCUUAGAAUAAUCAGAUCAGUAUUUAAACAGCAUUUCUUUGGUGAAAGCAGAAGCACUGUAUAAUUGUAGACCUAUGUUUAAUAUUUAUGUAUUUUGGUGAGAUGAGCUGCUUUAAUCCUGAUUCAUGAUAAAUAUUUCAGCUUUCCAUAGUUCAGAAAAGAUAUUGCGAUGUUAAUGUAAACAUGUAAACAUAAUAAACUCUAAAACUGCUGUUUCAUUACGA